UAAAACUUGCGCCAAGCCGCCAUAUUCAUACAAGAGGAAGAGGGAUUCACUGAGAAACUUCACCCUGGCGGUUGAUUUUGCCGAUCGCGGACUAGGGUUUCUGCAUGUAGUGUUUGAUUGGAAGAAGAAAAUGGCAUCUUCAGAUGAUGAGGACUGGGCUAUUCCACAGAUUGUCUCAGACUACCAUUUUGUUGACAGCAAGAACGAGCUUGUUGCAUUCUCUGAAUUACCAAUUCAAUGGAGUGACAGUGAGGAGCUGCUGGGUGAGAGAAGACAGAUAUUCUUAAGUGGGGCUGCUGACAAUGGCCUUCAGAAAAUAUACAAGCAGGUCACAGCGUGGAAGUUUGAUCUUUCUGAUUUCAAGCCAGAAAUAUCUGUGCUGUCUAAGGAAAACAAUUGGAUUAGGCUUCAGAAACCUAGAAAGAGUUUUGAGGACACAAUUAGGACAAUCUUGAUUACUGUGUACUGCCUGCACUUUUUAAAAAAAAACCCCAACUUAUCUGGCCGAUCUUUGUGGAAUCAUAUGUUUGAGGUUUUCAGCUUAUACAAGGAUAGACCAUCUGGGAAGGAUCUCAUAGGUCACUUGAAUUUAAUCAAUGAAGCUGUCAAAAGGGACGAAAGGUUAGCAAAAUCCAAGUUCUUGGUUACAUUUCUCAAGGAGAUGCCUCAGAGGAAAAAGGAAGCUUUUAACGAGGACAUUGAAGAUGAUUAUAUGGCAGAUGCAAAUGAAGAAGAUGAUGGUUCUGUUGAACAAAGUGACCCGUUUGAUCCUAUUUGUGCAAUUUGUGAUGAUGGUGGAACGGAACUGUAUUGUGAUGGGAGCUGCAUGAGGUCAUUUCAUGCUACUGUAGAAGAAGGUUUCAAAUCCAACUGUAAAUCUCUUGGUUUUUCUAAGGAACAAGCAGAAUGUAUAAAUAUCUUUUUCUGUAAGAAUUGUCAAUACAAACAGCACCAGUGCUUUGCUUGUGGGGAACUAGGCUCUUCUGAUAGAUUAUCUGGUGCAGAGGUCUUCCAAUGUGUUUCUGCAACCUGUGGUCAUUUUUACCAUCCACAUUGUGUUGCCAAAUUGCUCCAUCACAAGAGUCCUGCUGAGGCAGAAGACCUUCGGAAGAAGAUUCUUGCUGGGGAAUCUUUCAUAUGUCCUGUCCACAAAUGCAUUGUCUGCAAACAGGGUGAAAAUAAGGAGGAUGCUGAUUUCAAAUUUGCUGUAUGCAGGCGUUGUCCCAAGUCAUAUCAUAGAAAAUGCUUGCCUCGGGAGAUUGCUUUUGAAAAUAAGGAAGAUGAGGGCAUCGUGCGAAGGGCAUGGGAUGAUUUUCCUAAUCAUAUUUUAAUAUUUUGCUUAGAACACGAGAUUGAUACAAGAAUUAAUACUCCAAUUAGAAACCAUAUAAAAUUCCCAGUUGAUGGACAAAACAAGAAGAAAGAAACAUCCUGGCAACACUUAAGCAAAGAGAAAGUUCCACAAAAGGAGAGAAGUCUAUUCUCAGAAGACACUUCCAGGAAGAGAAGUCUUGGGAAAUUACAGUUGUCUUCAACCGUUAGAGGGGGUGAUCCUUCCAAAAUGAAUCUAAAAAGACUGAUUGGAUCCAGUUCUUCAAAGAAACAGAAAGCAGAGGGCUCAAGUAGAAAGGCUUGGAAUAACAUUGCUUCUACUGAAGUCUUUAAAUCCACCACUGAUGGAAGUAGGCCUUCCUCGGGAGAUGGGUUAUAUGCCUUGAUGAACUCUAUGAAUGAGGACACUUCUGUUACUGAAAAUAAGCAAGCCCAAACUGAUGAGCCUGUUGCAAAGGAUAUGAGUAUUUUGCUGCAGCUAGAUGAUGUUUCUAAACAGAGAGUAUUGAAUUUAAUGAAAGAUGCCAUGUCUUCAACAACUCUGGAAGCAGAAAUGGACAAGCAGAAAGGGCCAACAACUCAUAGCUACUCAUCGAAGUAUAUGCCUGAUAAGGCCUGUACCUUGGGAAAAGUGGAGGGUUAUGUUCAGGCUCUUCGUGCAGCUUUAAAGAAUCUAGAAGGAGGUUGCAGUGUGGAAAACGCAAAAGCUGUGUGUGAACCUGGUGUUCUGCACCAAAUAAAUCGGUGGAAGAUUGUUGACGUGCUCCAUUGCUAUGUACAAGAUGGUGAUAUGAUAGUUGAUUUCUGCUGUGGAGCUAAUGAUUUCAACUCUCUCAUGAAGAAAAAGCUCGAGAAGACAGGCAAGAAGUGCUCAUAUAAAAACUAUGGCAUUGUACAAGCAAAGAAUGACUUUAACUUUGAGAAGAGGGAUUGGAUGACUGUAGAUCCAAAAGAAUUGCCAGCCGGGUCACAGUUGAUCAUGGGACUAAAUCCUCCUUUUGGAGUAAAUGCUUCCCUUGCAAAUAAGUUCAUUGACAAGGCACUUGAGUUUGAGCCAAAGCUCCUUAUCUUAGUUGUUCCUAAAGAGACAGAAAGGUUGGAUGAAAAAAUGAAUCCUUAUGAUCUGGUAUGGGAGAAUGAUGAGUUGCUUUCGGGGAAGUCCUUCUAUUUACCUGGAUCUGUUGAUGUAAAUGGCAACCAAAUUGAGGAUUGGAAUGUAAAACCACCACUGCUCUAUCUAUGGAGUCGUCCUGAUUGGACUGAUGAACACAUGAAAAUUGCUCAAAAGCACGGACACACGUCCAGGGUAGGAGAAUGCUCAUAUUUUGGAGAUCAUCCGAACCAACCACUGGUUUCAGCUGGUUAUGGAGAGAGAGAUCAUGCUCCCAAGGGUCAAACUUCCAUGCCAAUUGAUGAUCAUCCUCCUGUUCAAAAUGAAUCACGCGAACAGCUCCAAGAAAGAACGCGUGCCUCUGAAGACAAUUAUGACUGCCCCCCUCAUGGUAAUGUUAUUGGACAAGUCCAGGAGAACCAUGGCCAUGGGAUAAAUCAAGCAACUCCUGAUUGUGGUUUUGGGGUGAAGAACACAUCAGAGGAACGGUUUGCGGGCCCCCGGAGAGGGGAUGCAAGCAGCCAUGGUUAUGGGUCAUAUCUUGGCCAACCAACUCCGGGUACUGACAGUCGAAGAAGCAGCCUUCUGGCAGCAGCUGAAAGACUUAAGUUUUCUUCUCCUCGCGACCACGUGGGUUCGACAGUGAACUCGUCUUACAGCCAGAUGAAGAACACAUCUGUUGGGCAGCGACAUGCACCGCAAUUGGAUGAAUUAAACGGGCAUGAGCCACCUCCAGCUAGUAGAAAUUCCAUGCCUGAUCCUCUUCCUCCUCGCCCUCAAUAUCAUCCUCAUCUGUCGGGCUUUGCUCCUGCUCUUUCUCGCAGCACCUCACCUCACAACUCAGCAGGCUGGCUUAACGAGUAAACAGUAAAUUAGUCUUCUUUUCUUUUCCCUUUUUUGGUAUGUGUCUGUGUUUCCUAUAUUCCAGUUGAGAUCAUAUGAAACGGUUAGGUGGCUUUUGAUCAGCUUUAGUUGUGGAUAUAUUAGGACAGUAUCUAGAAAACAACUUUAGGUUGUGAUUUAAUUUGUCGUUAGUGUGGUGUUGUUAAGAAUCGAUUUUAAAAAGAAUAGUUGUGCUCUA